AUGCCGCUGGCAGACGACGGACCGGCGGCGGCGGCGGCGGCGGCAGCCUUGCCGCCGGAGGAAGAAGAGACCUUAAGGUCUUCGUUGUCGAGGUCCAACAGGUCGUCCAACCAGGACUCCGACACUGCUGCUGCUCCGCUCGCGGAGGAGGGGGAGGGUGCUGGAGGCGUGCUAGUACGCGCUGCUCCUGCUGCUGCUGCCGCCGGCCGCCUGCCUGCGGGCGCCUGGUUCCCAGACGCCAUGGCCAUGGCGACGGCAGGGAAACCCGGGGGGGGAUUCGACGUGGACCGCGUGCUAGACUUCGAAAAGCGUAGCGGCAUCAAGAAUGGAGAAAUCGAGAGCUUUAUUACGAAAGUCGACGCGGUGAACGCCGCGAUCCAAGCAAUGAAGGAUGGCGAGCUGGAUCCAGCUGAUGUACACGUGGACGGUGUACCGACGAUAGAAGAAGAGCGCCAGAUGGUAGAAGAAAAAAGGAGGAAACGGCUAGAGCUUGCGAGGAGAGAGCAGGAGAACCGAGAAAGACAGAAGAGACAAGAGAAUGAAAAGUGGUGGAGGUGGGACACAUGGACCCCAACGGACCCAGCAACAAUGGCAGAAGCAGAGGAACGCGAGGAAGAGGAAGACCGAAAGAGAAGCAAGGAGUUCGAGGAAAACAACCCGCAAUUCUGCAAAGAGAUGGUGGACGACAUGAAGACUCGCUCGGAAGCCAGUGAGAAGAAGGACUCGGAAGCAACGACCGCGCGGCUCAAGGGCAACCGAUUUUACAAGGCAAAGCGCUGGGAAAAGGCACUCGAGCUGUACAUGACAAGCCUCAAGGCCAGGCCGUACGCCGUCAACACGCUAGCUAAUGUUGCUCAGACCUUGAUCAAAUUGGAGCGGUGGCUAGACGUUGUGGAGUUCUGUGAUCGCGCGCUUCACGUGGACGGUACGUGUGUCAAGGCUUUUUCGCGGCGGGCAUCGGCGUUCGUCAAGCUUGCCGAGGACUCUACCACUUCGGGAGUUGACGCCGCCGCUGCUCCUUCUCCGGUCUCGCCCCCUGCAGACGCGGUCGACAGCACCGUCACUCAGACGGAGGUCCUUAUCGAGGGCGGCACCAGCGUUUCGAUUGACGUCAGCGACUUGGCUCCGGCAGAGAACGAGAAAGAGACUGUUUCAGGGCAAGAGGGCGACGCAGAAACCAGCGGAAGGGGCGAAGAGCAAGCCUUUCGCGUACGUUUCGGGGGGAGGGAGGGACUCAUGGCAUUGGCGCUGCUCGACCUGCACGCGGCCGUUGCGGCGGACCCCGAUAGCGAAGAUAUCGGGCGGCAGAGGGAUAGCCUCAGCAAGGAAAUUGAGGAAGAGAAGGCGGAGGCGGCAGUCAUGAAGAUGGUGAAGGGUACCUCUGGAACUUACCCCUCUCGCAGCAGCAGCGGGGUCUCUGCCACCGAAAGACCAAACCUGGGAACGGAAGGCCUUGGCGCGUCUCCGGAUGGGAACCAAGACCAGGAUGUUACCGCUCAACCGCGGGAUACGAGAGCUCGAACAAUCGAGCGGCGUACCGAGGCUUUGUCCUGCUUGCCCCUGCCCGAACGCGAAGAGCCCACUGAGGCAGGGAAGGGCAAAACUUCUAUCGACGUGAAGGCUUUGGGGGAUAAGAACGAUCUGCACACCGUAGACAAGAUAUUAGAGGAGGUACUUGGAGGUGCCGAGGUAGGCGCUAAGGGGCUGGAGGCUACGAGGCUUGAAAAGGCGACGGAGGGCGCAGGCACGACUCACCAGCGACACCAACUUCUUCGCCUAGCAUCCAUUCUGGAGGACAACCCCACUGCGAGGGUCUACUUCAGGGCAUCCGGCGGGCUUGCCCGGCUUUCCGAAGCUACUGCCGCCGCCGCCGCUGCCGCCGCUGGCGCUAGCCGCCCCCACCAAGAUGUCAGCAAGACGAGCACACGCGCCAGCACUUCUUCUCCGUUGGUUCUUCCACAAGCUCGUGGUGCCGAAGGGAUGUCUGUUGGUGCCGUCGAAGACGGCGGCGGCGACGGAGACGGAGACGUCCCAAGCGGAGGCGCCGAUAGUGGUAAGGAUCCGGUUCGGUUUGCAUCGAUGCUGGUGGCCGUUUCGGCGGCUAUCAAGGGGGGAGAGAGGCUCACCCAGCUGGAGGUGUUCAAGUCUGGACUCCUGGGCGACCCAUGUGCCGAUGCAAUGAGGAGGGUAGUCGAGGACGGCGCGGAGGGUAUGGUCGCGACUACAGGGGUGGUAGCUGCCGCGGGAGCGGCCGCUCUGCUGAUGUCUCGAGCUAUCGAUGACGUCUCCGUGCGCGCGUAUGUUGCCAGGUAA